AGCUCAGUUCUAUUUUGAAAUAAGAGAUGAUCGGUAAAUCGCUUUCGCUGUUCCUUCUCCUGCUAGUGCCAUACAGUAUUGAUGCUCUGGGCACGCAAGUGAUCUGCUAUGACCACAAGCGGAUGUUGACCCUCAUCGAGGGCCUUAAUGGAACCCUGAACGAGCAGCUCUCCCUGGCAGCGGCCACCUGGGGCAAACUGCGUGCCGACUACCCAAGGGAUGUGGCCAAGAUCGAGGACCUGGACGAGACCAUGCAACAUGUGAUGUGCAGCAAGGACAAGAACAUCACCCUCAGCCAGCACCUGCAGGGGCAUCUCCUGCGCGAGCACAUUCGGGAGCAUCUGGAGACAAUCAACAGCACGGCUCUCUUCACACAAGCCCUGGAGGCGCCCGAGCACGAGCUGGGCAAGUGGCAGCUGGCCAUCGGUCGCCACUCCCAGAGGUUCCACUGCCUCUUCAAGCCGGAACAGCUGCAGAAAAUCAUUGGCAGCGUGAUGAAGCGUUUGUACAGCCUGGAAAAGUCCACAAAAAUGGCUGCGCUUCUCUACCAGCUGUAUCUGGUGGGCAACAAAGAGUCCUUCCAGCUGAUGGUCUUCGCGGAGCUGAUGAUCUACGAGCGCUACAAGAGCGGCGGCCAAAAGAGCGCAGAGUUUGGCAACUACAUGGCCAAAAUGUGGCAGAGCCUGCAGCUGGAGGAGCCCUACGCCAGCCUCGAUCAAGCCAUCAAGCAGAGCCUCGUGAAUGCGAUAAUAGAACUUCUAGGGUAUCUCUGAUUGUACAAUACAACUUCGAGGGGUAUCUCUGAGGGGGAUUCAAUUGUGUAAACUUUAUUCGGUGUGUCUGUGCUUGAAUAUUUUAAAUUAAAUUCUGUUUAUGUUUUUUUUUUCUGUUUUUCAGUUGCAGCUGUGAUAAUUACAUAGAAUGUUUGUUGUUUGUGUGUGUGUUUUGCAUUACAUUAAAAUAUGUUUUACAUAGUA